AAAUAGGGCAGGCAGCCAACAAAGAUUAGCUUUUUUCUUCAUCGUCCUCCUUUUUACUUCGAUAGCGCCGCCAUUCAAACACCCUAAAAUCCUGAUGCUGGUGGGAUGCUAAAAUUCGCUAGAGUCACAGUAAACGCAACAGCAAAAGAACCAAUUUGGAGCUACAAAGUGAUGGAAAAACAGACGGACAGUAGUACUUAUUUACAUUAUAACCACACUGAUUCUUGCAAGGAUUCUAGGUGGACUGCUAGGGAGUGUUAUGAGUUCAUGUAUGACAAGAGGCCAUGGCAGAAAGUACACAAUUUCUAUCUGAAUCUAGUUAAUGGUCGAUUGCCAAUACAGAGUUUGUUUGGAACCGAGAGGUAUUCUGCCGAGGACGCAUCUGUUCAAUUUGCUGCUAAAAGUUUAGAAACUUGUGAGGAAGGUGUUGAAUUGGAGGAUGGUAAGAAUAAGAAUAAGAAAGGAAGGUGGGCAAGGGCGACAUAUAAGAUAGUUCUUUCCUACCAUGGCGAUUCAUUUGAUGGAUGGCAAAAACAGCCAGGACUUAAUGCUGUUCAAAGUGUAGUGGAGAGGUCUAUUGGUAGUUUCAUUGAUGAAUUCAAAGCUCAAAAGCUAAAAGACAAAUCCUUACCACUGGAAGCCUGUGUUGCCGUUGCUGGUCGAACUGACAAAGGAGUGACAGCUUUGAACCAAGUUUGUUCAUUCUUUACUUGGAGAAAUGACAUCAAAACUCAAGAUGUGGAGGAUGCCAUCAAUAGUGCGUCUCCUGGAAAGCUGAGGGUCGUUUCAGCAUCUAAGGUAUCACGUGAUUUCCAUCCUAAUUUCUCUGCCAAGUGGAGGCGUUAUUUCUAUAUCUUUCCCAUCAUUGAUUUAGAAAACGAAGGAAUUGGGAGUGGCAAAAAUGAUGAGAACUCCAGCUCCAAAGAAAAACACUCUGACCUGAAAAAUGGAUGUCUGAAUGUAGAGGAGAAAGAUGAAUGUUUAGCUGUUGAUGCACAAAAUGGGGUUGAAUGUCGAAAUAAGCCAAGAAGCUUCAGUGUAAAAAGGGUGAACGAACUCUUACUUCAGCUAGAAGGAAAAUCUUUGUCAUACAGGAUGUUUGCAAGGGACAUAAAAGCUUCUAGAAGCACGGGUCCACCAACAGAGUGUUUCAUCUACCAUGCUCGAGCUACUGAAGCCAGAUUGCCUUCAAUAGAAGAGGUUUAUGGAAAUGAUGAUAGAGGACAGAAAGUCAUGUGCGUGGAGCUAAUUGGCAACCGUUUUUUACGCAGGAUGGUUCGAGUACUUGUGGCAACAACGAUAAGAGAGGCUGCAGCUGGAGCAGAUGACGAAGCACUACUAAAUCUUAUGGAAGCUACGUGCAGACGUGCCACAGCUCCUCCAGCACCACCUGACGGUCUCUGUCUUCUGGAUGUUGGCUACGAAGAAUUCAACCCAGAAAACACCCUCAUCCAAUGAAGUUCACGUGUGAGUGGUUUUGUCAGUAGAUCACUUCUCAAGAGACAAGAUUCUGGUGCCACAGUUCGAACUUAAAUGGAUGGGAACCAUAACUAGCCAAUUGGUUCUGGUUUUAAGCUUAUUCUCGGUUAUAUAGAUCCAAUUCUCUAAUUUUGUUAUUUGAAUUAAAUUGAAUUUAGUCAGAUGGUUUAAGUAAAAACAGUUCACUUAUUCAAGUUCAACAUCAAAGUUUGCCAAGUAGAAUUAUUUUGAGUACGGAGUUUAAAAAAGUCUCUUGCAGUUCUAACACUGCAUCUCUGAGAACUGCACAUACACUGAUUUCGUAAAACUUGAGCUGCAUUAGCUUUGUCCAUUUGCUCAUUUAUAUGCAACUCCAUUGAGUUGUUGUUUCAUAAAACUAGAGCUGCUUUAUGUGUCAGCUUUCUCCA